CUGUGGCCAGCGCUCAUUGAUACCUCUGCUUCACUAAGCCCAUCUAUCCAAGACACAAUUCCAUUUUCCUGUUUUGUGACUGCAAGUCACAGGGUCAAAUGCACCCAAAAGGAAAUUUGGAGUUGUAGAGGAGCAGGGUGGGAGAGGAGAGGGGCUUAGGUGAGCAAACAAAGAGCUGCUGGGGACAGGGGUGCUGCCAGGGACCAUGGAAGAGGCCAUCACCUAUGCAGAGCUGCACUUUGUGAAGUCUCCUCUCAAGAGGAAUGUCUCCUACCCGGGGCAGGAGUCGGACAAGGAUGAGGAGCUCAGCUAUGAGAACGUGCAGGUGCCCUCAGCCCCGGAAGCACCCAGAGACCUGGCACCAGGGGACCAAGCAGGAACAAUCCCCAGCCCUUCUUCUGGAACGUACUCCCGCUUCACCUUUGAAAUGCUCCAGCGCCCAGGCCAUGUCCACUCCUGCUCCUCACAGUACCUCCUGCUGGGCCUGCUCCUCACCUGCCUGCUGCUGGGGGUGGCUGCCAUCUACCUGGGUGUACACUAUCUGCAGGUGUCUCAUCAAUUCGGGCAGCUUAGCAGGUUGCUGGAAGCCUCCAAUGUCAGCCUGCAGGAGCAGCUCCACCUUGGAAAUGUCCAACUGGAGCAGAUGGAAAAGGACUUGCAGAUCUCCACGGAGCAGCUGGCCCAGAGCCAGAGAGCACUGGAGGAGGAGCAAAAGGCACAUCAGGUUGUACAGGAGGAGCUGCGGGACUGCCAGGCAAAGAUGCAAGGGACCUUGCAGUCUACGCAGAAACUGAGGCACCUGCAAGUCAUACUGAAGCCCUUCUUCACCUGCUCCUCACAAGAGUAUGACGAGGAUGGAGAUAUCACCUAUGAAAAUGUGCAGGUGUCCUCAUAUCCAGAGGCAUCUACAGACCUGGCACUGCCCUCCAGACCAGGGAACCAAGCAGCAGUCAAGACAGAGCAACCAACCAAGUCCUGGAGCAGUGCCCUGUCCUCAGGUGCCAGGAGGAUGCACCUGUGUCAUGGCCACCCCUGCUGCUCACAGUACCUCCUGCUUGGCCUGCUCCUCACCUGCCUGCUGCUGGCGGUGGCUGCUAUCUGGCUGGGCAUGCAAUACCUGCAGGUGUCUCAGCAUUAUGGGCAACUGAACAGGCUGCUGGAGGUCACCAACAGCAGCCUUCAGGAGCAGCUCCACCUUGGAACUGUACAGCUGGGGCAGAUGGAAAAGGACCUGCAGAACUCCAAGGAACAGCUGACCCAGAGCCAGAAAGCACUAGGGGAAGAGCAGAGGGUACACCAGGCUGCCCAGAAGCAGCUGCAGGUCUGCAAGGCGGACAGGGAGAAGAUGCAAGAGGAUUUGCACAGGAGGGUGGAACUUCAGCAGACUGUGCAGCAGAAGCUGAGCCACCUGCAGGACACAGUGAGGCCCUUCUUCACCUGCCCAUCACAAGACACCUGCUGUAUGGUGGGCUGGAUACUGAUCCAGAGAAGAUGCUUUCACAUCUCACUCACUAAGAGAGAUUGGCAGAGAAGCCGGGAGUAUUGCGAAUCUCUGUCGUCCGACCUCACCAUUGUCGGAGGCAAUCCUCGGAGUUCUCAUUAUUUAGAUCAUUCUCCCUGGAAGAGCUUAUUGUUGAAGUUAUCUGAAAACACUUCCUAUUGGGUUGGCAACAGCUUCAUGAGGGACCAGGGGAUGUAUACAAGCAUGUGCUACACGAUAGAGCACAGCCAGUCACGGUCCUUGGCGUCACAGGCGUGUGGUACCCCUCUUCCAUGCAUCUGUGAGAUGGCAUCUUUCAGGUUUCCAGACGAGGAUCGCUCUUUGCAGAAUUCAGGUGUUCAUGCCAUGAGACUUCUGGGCCAUCGCCCCUGACCUGGGCCUUCAGUGCCCAGCAUUUCCUUACUGUGCAGUGCCCAGCGGAAGGCAGAGCCACAUCUGACACUUUUCACCAGCAUACUGCCUGUUUCAAACAUUAGCCAGACAUUGGUUUGUUUCUGGGGAAAAGUGUGAAGAAGCUUCCAGAAAAGUGUGAAGAAGCUUCCAAAGCUUCUGGACACUUUGGCCAAGAACCUGCUCUUGUAGCAUGGGAGUGGGAGCAGGGAUAAGGGCUCAUGGGCUGAGUGGAUUAGAACAGUCCAGAGCCAGCCAGGCAGUUUUAUUGAAAUUACUUUAAAUAAUUUGCAUAUGUCAGUCUCGUGUGUUAACAAUGCUGUGUGAUUGGAUGAUCUCUGCAGGAGAGCUAGCCCAGGUGUUAGGUCAGCCAAAUGCUCUGUCCCUUAAGUCCAUGCUGAGGCUCUCCUGUAUGGGAAGAGGAGCUGGUCAGCAUGGCUUGGGCUGGCACUCUGAGCUCACAUGUGUGUCCUGAAGGACAAAGGCAGAGGACUAAGAACCCUAAGGUCCUAUUGCCAGGGGUGUGCCCCCGGCAGAAGCAGGCUGGGCAUGGCUGGCUUAGUGUGGUCCUCUUGAUGGCAGAGGAGACUGCCUGCCUCCUGGUUGAGGUUGUGGUACACAGGUACCUGAACAGUAAGCUGAAACU